GGCGGGCGGGCGGGCGGAAGCGGCGUGGCCGAGCCGAGUCAAGCCGAGCGGUGAGGGGUCGCAGCAAGAUGCCGAGCGCUGCCAGCCGCGGCCAGGGCCAGGGCCAGGGCCAGGGCCAGGACCGCCGCCCGGAGAGCGAAGAGUCGUCGGCGUCCGAUGAUUAUGCUAAGGAAAGAUAUGGAGUGUCAUCAAUGAUACAAUCCCAAGAGAAACCAGAUAGAGUUUUGAUUCGAAUAAAAGACUUGACAGUGGAGAAGGCUGAUGAAGUGGUUUGGGUUCGUGGCAGAAUUCAUACAAGCAGAGCUAAAGGGAAGCAGUGUUUCUUAGUCCUGCGUCAGCAGCAGUUUAAUAUCCAGGCUCUUGUGGCUGUGGGACAGCAUGCAAGCAAGCAGAUGGUAAAGUUUGCUGCCAACAUCAACAAAGAGAGCAUUGUGGAUGUAGAAGGCGUUGUGAGGAAAGCACAUCAGAAAAUCGGAGGCUGUACUCAGCAAGAUGUUGAGCUUCAUGUUCAAAGGAUCUAUGUGAUCAGUUUAGCUGAACCCCGACUGCCCUUACAGCUGGAUGAUGCUGUUCGACCAGAAGUGGAAGGAGAGGAGGAUGGAAGAGCUACUGUAAACCAAGAUACAAGACUGGACAACAGAGUCAUUGAUCUGAGGACCUCCACUAGCCAGGCAAUCUUCUGCCUUCAGUCUGGUAUUUGUCAGCUUUUCCGAGAAACUCUUAUUCGCAAGGGAUUUGUGGAAAUUCAGACUCCCAAAAUCAUUUCAGCUGCCAGUGAAGGAGGAGCCAAUGUGUUUACUGUAUCAUACUUCAAAAGCAGUGCCUACCUGGCUCAGUCCCCACAGCUGUACAAGCAGAUGUGUAUAUGUGCUGACUUUGAAAAGGUUUUCUGCGUUGGACCAGUAUUUAGAGCUGAGGACUCCAAUACACACAGACACCUGACUGAGUUUGUUGGUCUGGAUAUUGAAAUGGCUUUUAACUAUCACUAUCAUGAAGUGGUAGAUGAGAUUGCAGAUACCUUGGUGCAGAUAUUCAAGGGACUUCAGGAAAGAUUCCAAACCGAAAUUCAGACAGUGAACAAACAGUUCCCGUGUGAGCCAUUUAAGUUUUUGGAGCCAACUCUGAGGCUGGAAUACCGCGAAGCUGUGGCCAUGCUUAGAGAGGCUGGUGUUGAGAUGGGUGAUGAAGAAGAUCUGAGCACACCUAAUGAAAAGCUCCUGGGACGCCUGGUAAAGGAAAAGUAUGACACAGACUUCUAUAUUCUUGACAAAUAUCCUCUUGCUGUGAGGCCUUUUUAUACAAUGCCAGACCCAGUAAACCCUAAAAACUCCAACUCUUAUGAUAUGUUCAUGAGAGGGGAAGAGAUCUUGUCUGGAGCUCAGAGAAUUCACGAUCCUCAGCUGCUGACAGAAAGAGCACAGCAUCACGGCAUCGAUUUGGAGAAAAUAAAGGCUUAUAUCGAUUCCUUUCGUUUUGGUGCACCUCCACACGCAGGUGGUGGAAUAGGGCUGGAAAGAGUAACCAUGCUGUACCUGGGGCUGCAUAACGUUCGUCAGACCUCCAUGUUCCCACGGGAUCCCAAACGACUGACACCCUGACAUGAGCUGCUUUUGAAAGUUUGAGAUGAUUUGCCCUGCAAAUAAGAUACGAUUGCAAGCAUAUCCCCUGUAAUGAACGUGUGUUGAUUUGAGCAUUAUAAUAUGCAAUAAAAAAAAGGAAAAUCUCAUUUA